AAAUGUCUUACUUACAGGUGUCUCUGCACAUUACACCAGAAUAAGAGAAAGCAUUUAACAAGAAAAGAAGAAGAAGAAGAAAAAAAAAAGAAAAGUUUUAAGCUGGUGCAAAACGUAGCUGCCAGACUUCUCACGGGGACUCGUUAAGUCAUCAUGACUACUGUAAAGACCUUCAUCACUAUCCUUUACCUCAUUCUGUACAGUAGUUUCUGCACAGCUGACAUUACCACUCUACAAAUCAAUCAAGUGGAAAAAGGCAUAGCUUUUUCUAAAGAACUUCUCAAAGGUUUUGAUGAUGUGACUAAGUGGGUUUCAGAACCAAAGGAGUUGAAAGAUACAAUCCAAAAAGUCUUCAAAGUGUUUGAUAUUUUUGGAAAAGUUGCGGCAAGUUUUGGAUUUAUUGGGGCAUUAAUUAGCUUCAUUUUUGCAUUCAUUCCAAAACUGGACCCAGUGAAGGAAUUAUUAAAGGAACAAUUUGCUGAGGUCAACCGGAAACUUGACUCUCUCUCAAUUCAAAUUUCCACCCUGAAAACACAUACAGAAUGGACAGACUAUGCAAGCAGUUAUGGUAAAGAUGAGAAUGUUAUCAAGAACUCCUGGGCCAAGCUGAGAGAAUUCAUAGACCAAGCUUCUGCUGCCCCCACACAGGAGCAGAAGAGCAGGCUGGCUGAGAGGUUCACCACUUUCUAUGAAAACACUGGCACAGAGAACAGCAUUGCUAAUUUAUACAGAUACAUCACUGAGAACAAUUCUGUUAGCCUUAACAAGAAUCUUCUGAAGCUCAUCAUUGAGAAAUCAAAUGGUGAUUUUAAUGCCCUGGUGCAAUACUCCACCUACUUCACCGGUCUGAUGGUAUCAGGACUGAAGUUAAAUGUGUUUUAUUACAUAAUGAAAGGCUAUGAUGCUGAAGCAAAAGCAAAAGAAGCAGUCACACAACUGUCUGACACUUUAUCAGCCAUAAAGGAUGCCUUUAUUGAGUGUGUUGAUGGCUUUGAGAAAUGGGCUAAAAAGGACGCAGAGACACUCAGCACUGAAAAAUUCUCAGAUAUCAAAAUGCUAGCUUCAGAUAUUAAGGCUCAUUUGGAGCGCAAGUUUCACUGGUACAAAUGGAUGGUGAUUGUUCACUCAAAAGAGGCUAAAAAUGAGUUUACUUUUGGACAGUCAAUUAGCUUUGUUGCCCAAGAAAAAACAGUAGUUCACUUAAUUCAUCAAGAAAAGGGGACUACUGCUGAUCAGAAAGUUAAAGACAACAUUAAGUCCAGUAUGCAGACAGCAAUAUUAGAACUAUUCACUAACCAAAAGUGUCUAACAGUGAAAGAGGAGAUGCUCCAUAAGAUUGGUGCUGAAGUAAUAAGCCACAUUCAGUUUCUUCAUGCUGUUGCAAAACAAUCAGAUUAUGGACAGACAGAUGUGUCAGACGUUGAGCUGAAAUGUCAAUCAUUAAGUAUUUUGAAUAAAGACAGAUACUUUAAUGUCUUCCUCAAGAGUAAGAACAUUGUGGAGAAGCCUCCUUGCUCAAAAGUGAACUGUAAUCAUGGAGAAUGUAAACCCAUCAAGGACACCACACAAGGAUUCUGCAAGUGCCAUAAAAUGUUCCAUGGUCCGGCCUGUGAGGAGAAAAUACAAGAUAUGAUUGAUUAUGCCACUAUUGAAGGCCAAAUCAACAACUUGAUCUAUCAACCAGUCCCUGAUCUGACUGCAAUUUAUUUUAGUGUCAAGGAGUUGAAGGAUUUUACAAAAGAAAUAAUAGAGUCUGUCCGACAUGAUAUCCAUUGGACGCAAAUCUUUGUGAAAUACAGCAAUGUGGUUGAGAAGUUUCGCUACAUCAACACACUUCAUACUCUACUUGAAAACAGCACUAUAACCAAACAAAACUAUGUUUCUGAAGUUGGAGCUCAGUUCACAGGGGGUCACACAUUUAAAUUCUUUCUCACAAGCUAUAACCACAUGAUGAUGGGGACUGGAUUUGGAGAUAAGCAUAACAUUCUGGAUGUUUUUCGCAAAUCACUGGUCCAGGACUCACAAACCCAGCCCGGUGAGCCAGUAGAGUGCACAAAGGGCUAUAGAGACCAGAUCGAUUAUUUUGUACGCUACAUGUUCACCCUUGAAAAAGAAGCUGUUUUGGCAUGGUUUAAAUAUAUACUGAUCUCUGGGAAAUCAGAGGACAUUGAUUUUGAGGAGAAGUUCUUUAGGCACUUUGUCUCACAUCAGUGGAGACUCUUCAACAAAAAUGGAUGUGGCGUUCUAAAAGCUGUGGACCUUCAGAACAUCCACUGUGAGAAGCCAUAUCACAGCACACACCAGCAGCAGGUGAAACUGAAGUGUCGUGGUGACUACAAGCCUUUCCCAGAGACUGUGCUGUGCUCCGGAGGGCAGUGGAGUGCCCUUCCAGUGUGCUACACUGAGAAGGUAAAGGGUCGAGUUCAGUGCAGCUCAGAAAAUGGAUCCACCAUCUGCAAGGCCCCCUGCCCAUCUGGCUGGACCUCUCAACCUCUGCUCUCCAACUACAGGUGCUCAAAGUCACCCUGUCCAUCCUUCACACCAAAGCAGUGUGACAAGUGCACAGACAACAGCGUCUGUAAGGACGAGGAGGUCUGCACCUCUGGCACAUGUCGUGAUGCAUGCCUGGUUUCACCCUGCGGAGUGAAUGCCAAAUGCUCCUCCACCAGUCACAGGAGGAGCUGUACCUGUGUGAGCCCAUGGAAAGGAGAUGCAUACCAGGGCUGCAGGAGCCAGGAUCUCCAGUGGAUUCUGACCAGAGAUGUGCCCUACAAUGCUGUUCGCUCUAAAACCAACCUCGCUGUGUGCAAAGCCAUCGGACCGAAUGGAGCAUGGCACAGUGGAUUUGUACAAAAUAAAUACUGCAAAUAUGAGUAUGCUUGGAAAGAAUAUCUUGCCGGAAGCUAUAAGGUUCUGGUUGAUCCCUGUCAAGGACGUGGUUGGAAAUGGAUGGAGGGGGCACAGUCGAACAUGUUUGAGUAUGAGGAAACAAAGAGAUAUAACUAUGUGUGCAGUGGGAAGAGUACCGGCCUUGCAGGGAAGCUUUUCAGCACCCGUCAUGGUUAUCUGUGCCAUGUUCCCAAGUAUGGCAAAACGAGGGAUGGAAAUUUUUACUCUUUAGUUCAACAGCCAUGCAUCUGAAGUCGCUUCUCCAUUGAUUCAUUGUAUUUUCUAAUAAUAAUUCAGUUUUAAUUUGUCUGAAUAAAUGGGGGCAUUAUAUUCAUCUUUCAAUAUCUGUAUUCACUAAAUAGACCUUUAAGCUCAGAAAUGAGCAGACAGCUGCCACAACAUAUUUACACAAGUGGCAUUUGGUUAUUGUUCAUAAUUAUUUUUGGUUGCUUUGCAGUGAGAAAUGUGAAAGGAUUCAAAUUCUUAAGACUAUUUUUCUGAUCAAAAUAUGAUUUAUUUGAGCAAGUGGAAUGCAAUUCCACCUUCAGAAUAUGUUGUACGUUAGCAGGAAAAUCGUGUGUACUCAGUGCAGUCAACACUAUUUCUGCAAAUCCAUUCCAUAUAUGUCUUUUGGUGCCAUAAUGGUGUGAAAUGUGAAAUUAUGAACUUUACAAACACAAAUAAAUGCUUCAGUGAAUGUUACAAGAUUGAAAUUGUUAUGGUUUAAAUACUUUGUUUUUUUAAAUGACCUAGAAGGUACAGUAAUUGUACAGUGUAUAAAUAACAUAUGUUGCAAUAGAUCUCCUGAUGAUGGUCUAGUUAAUUAACAUCAAUCAACAAAAUGUGAAGAAAAACAAACCUGAAGUCAUCCAGAGCUAGAACUAAUAUUAUCUGGGCAUAUGAAGUCAUUUAUUUCGCUCCUCGAAUCUGAUUGUACGAGAGGCUUUCCAAGAGUGCUGAUAAAAGUCCACUAGCACUGGUUUGUUUUACUGUUUGUAUCACCAGAGCAAUGAGAGCAGUACAGAGAGCUAGAGGUGGAGAUUUUUAUUCAUCCCUGAGAAAUUAAAGAUUUAGGCCAGCAGGUGGCAAUAAAAGACUAUCUUUAAUGUGUUAUGAGUGAGUUGAGUUGUUCAGAUAGUCUGUGUUGUCAGUAGUGGUGGGAACAGCCGGACGUAGGCAUGGGCACUGGUGGGCUGAGACCACCCAAACGUGAGUCUUCCCUAUCCAGUCAAACAUUAUUUUUUAUGAUUCAUUUCUUCAUUGGUUAAAAGCAAUUCAGCAAUUCAAGCUGUGUGUUGCAAAGUUUGAGGGAGGGCUGUAGACCAUCCCAACCAAUCUCAAAAUAGGACCAGAAAUUUCUAGUAUUUUUCUAUUUUUGUCUUUGGCUGAAAGACAUAUUGGUGCCCAUAAAGAAGCCUGAUGGUGGUGAGAUAUCAUCAGAUAUUAUGAAGGUAAAUUUGUUGCAAACUCAAGAGCUUGUAGAUUUGGAUUUGAGAACUUGUACAAUAAAUAUUUAUAUUUGUAAGCUUAAAGAUGAAAUUUACACUCACAGCAAUGAUGUGAACACUUGUAAAAUAAAAAUCUGAAGUUGAAUGUUGCAAUCUGCACUCACAGACAUUAUUUAAAAACCUGUGUUUUGAAUUCAAAGUUGUAGACAAAUAGUCACAAAUGUGUAAAAUGACAUUUACACAAAUACAACAACAGACACAACCAUGUAUUACAUAUUUACUUUUGUACUUCAAUUCACUUUCGCAGUACAACCACAAAUCAGCACUUACAACCUCUCAAAUCUGCUAACUGCGUGCCAGCACGUUUUUUGUAGCAAAAUCAAUAACUGGUUGAUGCAGUGGCAGGAUAAGUUAAGUAACUUGACUAUUAAAUGAAAUUAUUUAAAUAAAUGAGUGGGUUUAUCAUGUAACAAAUCAAAUGAGAUUUUUUCAAGCUGAUCAAUGCAGAAGUCGGUGUUGACAGACCACACAUGUUAUGCCUAGAUAAUUCUAUGAAGAAAUGUUUCUGCAGGAUGUUUGUAUUCGGUAAAACUACAUGGGAUGUGACAAUCCAGCCAGCUGUCAUAUGCCACGAGUUCCAUAUUUCCAUGAAAAUAUUAAAUAGAGGUUAGGAAUCAAUAGGUAUUUCAGUGAAGAAAGAAUCAUAAUUAUCACCAGAGAACUGUUCCUAAAUGUUUUAUCUUUUCCAGAUAAAAUGAGAUGAAUUAAUGAUGAUGACAGAGACUGCAGCGUUCUGCUAUAUUUCAGUCAUUUUAUGACAUUUAUUUAUCUUCUGUAUUAUUUAUUUUGUUAUUAAAAUAAUGAAACUGAAUAAAGUCUGGUAUCAUGUUGUUGCUUAAGUGCUUGGACGGAAACGUUUGAUUGUUUUGAAGUGUUGUUCUUUCCGAAAAAUUCUCAUUUUCACGUGAAUGUGUAAGUAUAUUAAUCACGCUUACUGAAUAUCUAUAGAAGAUUAAAAA